GUCUCCAUUGUUCUCUUUUUGUUCUCGACACAAAAACGAGAGGCACGUACCUGACCUAUAGCGCUGUAUAUAGAUCUUCGACGACCCUAUGGAAAGCAUUGUGUUAUCUGGCUAUAAAGGCUGGCUUGGCGACCUCAAGUUGACUCGCCCUUUCUCUGCUGUUGGUGAACUUACGAGCCCUCGAGCCCGGUGCUCUCUAUCAUUGACUUCACGUCCUCACGACCUUAGAUUCAUAUAUUCGCUUCUCUCUCUCACCUUCGCUUACCCUUGUCACUCACUUAUUGCAUCAACACUAAUGGCUCCCUUCGCUCUCAUCACUGCAUCUCUGCUCGCUGCUGUCUCAACUCUGCACCACCGCACUGUUUCCGCUGCACCUUUCUCUAUCGACGAUACCACCAUGCUUCAGAAUGGCCAAGCUGCUCAAACUCUGAACGCUGAAUUCCUCUCACUCUCGGCCAACUCUACAUGCAGUGUUGGCGAAACCGCUUGCAUAAGUGGCGAAUUCGCUACGUGCACGUCUACCCCCUCUUCAAACACGACUACCACGACAACCGAUGCGACCAACACCACAACCACUGCUGGUACAUGGGAUAUCGAAUCGUGUGCUUCGGGUCAACAAUGCUUCGCGCUCCCAUUUGUGAGAUCAAACGGCACCUAUGUUUCCUGUGUCUCCCAGUCCGACGCUACCACCCUCAUCGCCUCAACCGGCACCACAGGCGGACUCAUCGCCACCACCCUCCCCUCAAACACUACCCUCUCCCUCCCAUUAUCCAACGCAACCGAUAUCCCCACCACAUCCACGACGAACUCAACCGUCGCUAUCGGAACGAACAGCACCUCGAACAGCACAAUUGCAGGCGAUGGGACGGGGACGGAGACGACGACGAUAACGAUCACACUCCCUGCGACUGGCGCCACAUCUCUGCCAAGUGUGACGACAACGUUGAACGCGGCGGAGGCGUCGAGUUUGCUUGCUAGUCUAUCGGCGGCGGGUGCGUCGAUCGUUACGGAAGUUCCGGCGUCGACGACCAAGGGUGUGAAGGGAAGUGCGGUGACGAGUGUUAGCGUGGCGACCGCGACGGCAUCUGGGUCGAAUGGCGUGGACGUUGUGAGUGCGAGUUCGAGUGUUAUACAGCUUACGCCUAAGGCGAGCGCUACGAGCUCUUAAUGGCCUCUUUUUCUCUGCCGUUCGUGUAUUCUUUUGGAUUUCGGUCGUUGUGUUGGGAGCUUCGAUAUUCUUUGCCGUUUCUUGGGUUUGUUGUCUGUCUUUCGUGUUUUGGGCUCUACUUAUACAGGUACUGUAUUUCAAGGGUAGCGUAGAUCGCUCUUACUGUAGCUUUAGAUAUUCCGG